AUGGGCUGUUCCUCCAGUUCUCCGGAUACUCAUCGCAAGGAGGGGUCCCAACGGGAUUUUCAGUUCUCAUAUCAUCCACAACCACCAAAAGGUUUAUUGUUGGAGAAACACACAGUAGAUCAUGUCUACGAUGGCGAUACACUAACAAUAGAAAAUCGUAUCUCUGUUCGUCUUUUGGGUAUUGACGCCCCGGAGAUUAGCGAGAAUGAACCGUAUGCAAAAGAGAGUCGUGAUUACUGCCGUAAACUCUGUCCACGUGGAGGGACUGUACUGUUGGGGUUUUCAGAAAAAAAUGAGCGACAUGAUAAAUAUGGACGAACAUUGGCUUACGUGUAUGUUUACCAUCCCAGCAAGAGUGGAUAUAUUUGUGUGAAUAUGGCCCUUGUGGAGAUGGGACUGGCACGUUUAUAUAAAUUAAGACGUGUAAAAGAUGAAAACACAAAUGCCAUGCGUGAAGCUCAAAAGAAGGCUCGACGUGAAAAGCGCAAAAUUUGGAAAAAAGUAAAUGAGGACAAUAUUGUUGUUAUUACGCAUAAUGGUGAAGCCUUUCAUCGUGUUGGUGCGUCUUGUGUAGUCAACGCAUCGAAAGUAACGGUGGGGGAGGCAUUGGAUCAGUUAUAUGCACCGUGUCGGACCUGUAAACCUCUCGGGUGA